CAUGACGGCCCGCGGCUCUGCGAGCCGCUUCCUGGGCAGCGUCUUACACAACGGAUUGGGACGCUACGUGCAGCAGCUGCAACGCCUCAGCCUGAGGGUCAGCCGCGACUCACCUGCGUCCCGCGGAGCCAGGGAGUUUGUGGAGCAGCAUGUGAUGGACUUUGCGCGGAGAAACCCGGGGGUAGUGCUCUACGUGACCGCCAAGAAAUGCCACGUGCCGCGGGUGGUGGCGGAAUAUCUGAUUCAGUGAGGAGAGCUGAGAGAUCAGUUCCUGUUGUCUGUCUAUGCCUAAAGGAGGUAAAUUGCCUUUCCUGAUAACUGGAGGUUCCUGUGUUUCCAGCUAUUAAGAGAUUCCUGAGAUCCUGUCCAUCCCUGUCUCCAGUUGCCAUCUUGUAAGCUCCUGGUUCCUGAGAGGUUUCCUGACUAUGUGUGUGUGUGAGCCAGAACCCAGAUAAAACUGUCUUUGAAGAAGAGGCUUGUAGCCAUCUUGGUAUCAUCCCAAGAGGCUAAGCUAAUCCAGAGUUCAAACCCUCUGUCUACUCUGAUGAACUUUUACUCUGACUACAAUUUAGUUAAAGGACCAGUAGGUUAGGGUAGAUUAUAUAGAGUGGGGAUUUUAGAGCAGAUUUAAGCAGCUUGAAGACAGUUCCAUGAGGAAUCCAUAGAAGUUGGGUGGAGAAUAUAUACUUUUAGAUUUAGGGUCUCCUAGUUUCCUGGUCCUCUAUCAUUUCAUUUUACUUGACUAUUAAUAAACUACGUUAUUGUUUGUUAAAGAAGA